CUUCCACCACUAGUGUUUGCAAACGCACGGGUCGUCCCAAAAGGCUGCGACAGAAUCCUGGUGAAAGCGUGCAUUUUGUAUUCCUCUGUACUUUUUUUUAUUUUUUUUUUAUAUACAUGUCUGUGCAUGGUGUUCGAAAUUAACUGUCCAACCAUGUUUUCCCGGCACAGUUUCUACCUUCGAACUGAGGCCACGUAUAUCGCAAAUGAGAACGGGUGGGUCCGUAAUGUACAGUAGGAAAAUAACUGCUUUCUCGAGGUCCAGGUUGAGGCCUGCAUGUUAAAGAUCCCCUUCCUCCCAUCCUGAAUCUCAUCGUGAUGACUGAGGAUCAACAACAACAUGAUCAGCACCCGAAGCUGGGCUCUGGAAUAAGCACCUUACCAUCCCUAGUUCCUGGACUGCAAGGGACUGAGGCCAGUGCGUUGCAGCUCAAAAUAAAGAAUUCCAUCUGUAAAUCUGUACAGUCAAAGGUGGACAGUAUUUUGCAAGAUGUGGAGACGUUUACAGACAUCGAGAAACUCUACCUCUACCUUAAGUUGCCUUCUGGUCCCAGCAACAGUGAAAAAAGGACUGAGAGAGGGUCUGCCAGUCCUGGAGAACUGUCAUGCAGUGAUCAGAGCUCCAUGUCAUCAAGCCGCACUCAGCAGAUGCACGCGUUCAACUGGAUUCGCAGUCACCUAGAGGAACACCCAGAAACCUCUCUGCCCAAACAGGAGGUCUAUGACGAGUACAAGAGCUAUUGUGACAAUCUCUGCUACCACCCACUGAGUGCAGCGGACUUUGGAAAGAUCAUGAAAAAUGUAUUUCCAAACAUGAAGGCACGUCGACUUGGUAUGAGAGGCAAAUCAAAGUACUGCUAUAGUGGACUGAGGAAGAAAGCCUUUGUCCACAUGCCAUCUUUACCCAACCUGGAGUUACAUAAAACAGGGGACGGGUGUGAGGUGCUGGAGGCCUCAGGUCAGCUGUGCAGUGCGGAGGAGGAGGUGCGCUCUGCGGCCUGUGGCCUGGUGUGUGAGUGGGCCCAGAAGGUGCUGAGCCGCCAGUUUGAUGCUGUGGAGGACCUGGCUCGCUUCCUCCUCAACAGCCACUACAUCGGCACCAAAUCUGUGGCAGCCCUUACUGUCAUGACUGGUACACCAACAGGAGUUAAAAUGCCACUGCCAUCCUCAGCAUUCGCACCAACAGCUGAAGCCCACUCCUUCCAGUCCCAAGUGAAGACCCUGCCCUCUCCCUCCAUCGAUGCCAAGCAGCAGCUCCAGCGGAAGAUCCAGAAGAAGCAGCAGGAGCAGAUGCUGCACUCCCCCCUCCCCGGAGAGGCUCAGGCCAGGCGGGCUGACGGGGGCACGCCUGGGGUCGGCUCCAUUACCUGUAGAAGCCCAGCACUGCUCUCCCCACAUCCCACCAUUGGCAUUAUGGUAGCUGCAGUCCCCAGCCCCAUCACGGUACAAAGGAGCAGGCAGCUGAUGUCCCCCAGUCCUGUGGGAACAUCGGAGGGCAAGAUUCUGCCUGUCAACUUCCAAGUGGUGACCAGUCAAUGCAGCCUGUCCAAGUGUCCCAAGACCCCUCAGAAUAUCCCAGCCAGCCCUGUGGGGGACCGCUCUUCUCGCCACCGCUAUGCCCAGAUCCUGCCUAAACCCUCAGCCACCAGCGCCAUCACCCUGCGCUCGCCCACCCUGCUCAUCACCAACAGCCCCAUCAAGACCGUGAUGCAGCCCACACCCCACAUCAGCUCUGUCAACGUGGUCAAGAUGACCACCAUAUCCCUGGCUCCCAACUGCAGCACUACAACCACCCUAACCAGGUCAGGCCGGGCCACCACCCACCCUACCAUCGACAUCAAGAUGAUGGAGGAGCCCCAGGAAGCGCCCAGGCGUUGGCCCAGAGUCUUAUCCCACGCCUGUCAAAAGGGUCUUCAUCUCCCAGCAGCCUCUUGGGGCUCCGAUGGUUACAGACAUGGGAUUGGUGCAGGAGUGAAGAAACUCCCCAGGAGGCUCCAGACUGUUGUCAAGCCACAGAUCUCCGUGCAGAGAAGAGACACUCCGACCACCAUGGACACUAGCAGCAUCGGCAACGUUAGUGCCCCGGCUGGUCAUGCACGAAUUCAGCACCAGCAGCACAUGACGGCUGGAGGGGGUAAGCAACAGCAGGGCUACGCCCAGCAGAUCCACAGACCAACAAGCAGGCAUCCACACCAGUCAUGGAGCCCCUGGCCAUGUUGGGCCAGGCCAGCCUCUAGCCAGCUCUCCAUGCAGACAAACAUGGACUACUUCCAUUUCAAUGAUGACGAUAUGACCCAGGACAGCAUUGUGGAGGAGCUGUAGAUGGAGGAGCAGAUGAAGCUCAACAGCAGUCUGCAGGCCUUCGGAGCUGACGUGACGCUGCAAGGCCAUCAGUCUGUAAUACAGGGCAACAUGAUCUCCCACCAGACAGUGACCCUUACUACCAAUCCAGUACACAGCAGCACCACCCCUGUCCACACCCCCACCCCAACUCCCACCCCACAUCCCUCUGAGAUGAUGGGAGGAGGCCAGGGCCUGACUAGGGAGAGCCCCUGCUCCGCUGGCCCCCACCACCCGGUGGACAGUGCCCUGGGAGGCAGCCGACACACCCCCAUCGGCACUCCACACUCCAACUGCAGUGGCAGCGUGCCCCCCAGCCUGGAGUGCAGGAAUCCCUUUGCCUUCACUCCAUUAUCCAGCAUUACAGGCUACCACGACGGCAGCAUUGUCUCCAGCAGCCCCGUCAAGCCUAUGCAGAGGCCCAUGGCUACUCACCCAGACAAGGCCAAACUGGAGUGGAUGAACAAUGGUUACAACAACAGCGGGGGGAACUCCAUCAACGGCAUCAGUAUCCUCCCCAGCUAUCAGCUGGUCGACGACCACUUCCGAAAGCCCCAUGCCUUCGCCAUCCCUGGCCAGUCCUAUCAGUCUCAGACGAGGCACCACGACGGACACUACGGCCGCCUGACACCCAUCUCUCCGGUGCAGCAGCAGGCAACCAGUAUGGCCAACCUGAACAAGCAGGAGGGCUUUGCGCCCGCCCCUCUGGACAACAAACCAUCACACAUCCUCAGCAGGCGGGACUUCCGCUGUCGUAGUGUGGAGCCGCCGUGGCGCCAGCGAAACCUGAGUGGCAACCAGGGCCUGCAGAACAUCCCCCGAACAGUGGUGUCCCCUUCACUCCCCCGUGACCCCCGAGAUGAUCAACAUCUUCGCCAAGCCAUGGGGACGAGCAGCAUGGCACAGAGGAGCCAGUCUGUGCCUGUCAACGUGAUGAUGCAGACGGAGGUGCUGCCCAUGCAGGGCCAGACCAACAGCAAAAAGAUCACCAACGUGCUCCUGAGCAAGAUGGAUGGGGACAGUGACGACGCGGUGCGAGGCCUGGGUAUCAACAACCUGCCGUCCAACUACACAGCCCGCUUGAACCUCACCCACAUCUUAGAGACCACUCCCAGCUUCCCCAGCAGUGCCAACCAUCAGACUCUGAUGACUUCCAACACUCAGAAUGCGUACGAGUUUCAGAAGGCCGGUUACCUCAUGAAGAACUCUAGGAACGAACAGAUGAUUCUCUCAGCAGGUGACAGCCAAGCACAAUCAGCUACUGGAGAACAGCAGCAUCAGCAGAGCCAGCCUAUGCUGCUGGCCCAGAACCUUCAGCAGCAACAACAACAGCUGCAGCUAGAUUUCAGCACCACCGUUAAAGACCUCUUAGCAGACGGCUGCCUUACUCCUGGCAAUAGGCUCGUGGGACAGGUGUCAGAACUCAACGCUGUGGGGUCUGAUUUUCGACUGACCUCUGAUCUUUCCAAUAGCAUCAAUGACCUGAACAAUUUGGACACAAACCUUCUGUUUGACCCCAAUCAGCAGCAGGGGCAAUAUGAAGACUCUACACUGGAGGAACUGAAGAAUGAUCCGCUGUUCCAGCAGAUUUGCAGCGAGACUGCGAAUUCCAAUGGAUUUGAUUGGCUGGAAAGUAAAGACCAGCCCACAGUCGGGUUAAUGGGUUAAUAUGGGCUCUGCUUUUAUUUCCUGAAGGUGAAAUGGUUUGUUUAUACCUAUUGUUUUGUUAAAAUCUUCUUUGUAAUUAUUCACAUUGACAUUGUAUAGCACACUGCAACACUCUGGAUACAAUGACUUUUGUCCAGUCUGUGCCAGGCUGAACAGAAAUUAUCACUCUUAUAAAUAUGCUGGUUUUCUCUCA